AAGAACUCUCUCCAGUGGCUUGCGCGUGGAGGUGAAAGUGAAUCGAAGACAUUGUGAUUGUUUGAACAUGGCCGUCGAGUCGCGGGGCCUGCGCCGCCUCACAACCACAGGGACUUUGCGCUCGCUCUGCCGCGGAGUCCGUGCCGCAGCGUGGGCAAUCUUUGUCAGGUCGGCAGUGGCGGUUGCGGUACUUCGAUUCCCUGACGAAUAUUACGACGUCCGAUGGCCGUUGCGGUGGGAGGAUUGUCGGUCUGGUACGAUGUCGAAGGCGGACGGCAAACCGGACACAGCGGAUGGAACGGCUCACAGCGCUGGGGACGAGUCAGGGACAGCACCUUUUUUAACAUGCCUCGACGCGUUGCGAGCAAAUAUGCUGAGCGACUUGGAUUGCACUGCUAUUACUCCCGACAACGCGUUUUACCUCACGUACGACGCUGACAAGUGGAGUCUUGAUCUUUGCCAGCACUUUGUGACGCUGUUUGAAACGGCGUUUGACGCGACCGUUUCCAAGAUGCGAAGUGGAGCUGCGACCUCAGGACAUUAUGUUGAAGGGGACGAAAGCAAGUCUGAGCCGGAAGUAGUUUCGAGCGCCAGCUCCAAUUUUUCUGAAUCCACCACAUGGCAAGAUUUUCUCGAGACGAUGCGGAGACGCACUCGCACCUACCACGAAUGGACCGACGAGGAUGACGUCGAGUCAGCGGGCGGAAGUAGCGAGACAGCGCCGGCGGAGCAGGGAGUAGACACAGCAUCGCCCCCUCCGAAAGCGGAAAAUGUUCUUCCCUAUGAUGAACAAACAUCGCAAUCUCCAAUGCUUGCGGCUGCCGGAGAAAGCUACGACGAUGAGCGCAGCAUUAUCUUCGCCGGCCUGAACCCGGAUCUUGGUGCACGAAGAAGUGCGGUCGCAGCACCAAUAGACGAGACGAUAAAACAAGGCACAGCGUGGUCGCCUCUAAGAGCCUUAAGCGACGAGCCAAGACGUGCAGCUAAAAAAUCGUCCACUAGCGCAGGACAGGAUGUAGUUCACGAGGUAGAUUCCAACAGGCUGUCACCAGCCACAGAAAAAAUAACACACAGUUCAUUCCCAGAGACCAAGGGUUUCGUGAUUUUGGCGCAUCCGGAGGAACCCGGACGCUAUGUCAAGCUGGAUCGGCCCCCUCGGUUUUGCAACACCACGACCGUGGUGGCGCACCGCCACUUCGAGGCACUGGUGCGCGAGGUUGACGAAGGCGAGCAGCAACUCGGGUGGCCCGGGGUGGUCGAGGCGAUACACCGUCGCACAAGCCUGCUCAUUGAGAACUGGUCGAUGAGUGUGUUGGUGAAUUUUCACCUCUGGCGCCUCGAGUCCUCCACGGCCAGCCUCGGCACGGCCUCUGCUGCCUCGGUGGAGGAGCAGCAACAAACGCACUUCAACGCGCGCUUGCUCGUGGACCUGAUUGGCGGGACGCACGAGGCACUGCACACACCGUUUCUCUUUGUGGAUGUGGGGCCCAAGCGCUGGAACGUGUUGACCCACCUCCUGGACACGCUGCUGGCUUUUCGCCGGACCCCGCUCCGCAUGGUGGAGGUGGGAAUCGACACCGCAAAUAGCACGGAGCGCUUACUAGACACCUACAGCCCCAGGGAGCUGGAGCUGCACGUCGGUGUGGAUCCCUACAUGAACGUACUUUUGGGAAAAUCAACACCCUCGAAGAUCUGCUAGUUGUAAUGUAUGCGCACACGAUAACAAUUCAGUGCACCUGCUGCUGCUGCAUGAAGGGAGAAGACAAGAUGAGAGUAUUUCUACUUGGAGUUGCAUUGCAAUACAUACUUUCUUUCAUUUUUGGCAACACGUUUUUCUUUUUCUAUCUUUACAAAGUGACGGGGGCAAUGGUUCUUUUGUUUGGGAUAGAAGGACCCAAAACUACUGCCCUACGAGAGGAAUGGUGACCUCAUGCAUGAGCACGUCCGGGAGAAGCUGUCGCGUUUUAACAGCGAGGUAGUUUCCACCGCUCGACCGUCUGGUUUCGGUGCGGUUGCCCCGAGAAGUCGCCUCCUUCGGCUCACCAGCUUGGAAGCAGCGAAGCUGUUCAAGGACACCAUCAGCCGGACUGACGAUAUUAAGAUUGCCAGCGAUGCGCGAGCAGGUAUGGAACCAGAAGAGGACAAGAACCAAGUUACAUGGAAUCAAGUUACUUCCUGGAAUCAAGUUGAAUGGAAUCAAAUAAACCAUUACAGCUUCAUCCUCGUCAGCCCUCCUCCUCGUAUUGCCUCACCUUGGAAGAGUCUGGCGCUCUUUCUAGGCUUUGUGACUGCCAUACCCUCGUGCCUAAAGUUCUUCGCUGGGUUUGUUUCAAACGCGGCCACGUUUAUCACAGGUUGCUGGCUUUGUUUUCUGUAUCUGAUCGAUAGAGGCGUGGCGAAUAACGUUAGACGGAAGUUCCCGGGAUUCCAUUUCAUUGUGCGUCCUUCCUUCGGAAGGUGUAUGUCUCGGGGGAUUCCCUUUGCAUUUCGCCUUCCCUCGGAAGGUCCGUCCCUCUCGGAGUUCCAUGCUCGUUU